GUUUCCUGGGUGUCGUUUGUAGAACUGCGGGAAGAACCGCCCAGUGCCCGGUGUGCGCAGGCGCACACCGUCUUGUAAGCUCUCGGUCUUGUAGGAUCUCGGUCUUGUAGGAGGGCCGGUCCCCGAGCGGGUCUCGGGGCGGGGCCCGGGGCGCGGCUAAAUGCGGAGAGAAAGUUCGCCUGUCACUCACAGCUCGCUGCUGUUCCACUGCCACCAAGUUCUCUGAACUGCGAAGGUCAUGCUGCCCAACACUGGGAAGCUAGCGGGAUGCACAGUUUUUAUCACAGGUGCAAGCCGAGGCAUUGGCAAAGCAAUUGCCUUGAAAGCCGCAAAGGAUGGAGCCAAUAUUGUCAUUGCUGCGAAGACCACCCAAAAGCACCCGAAACUCCUCGGCACAAUCUACACGGCUGCUGAAGAAAUUGAAGCAGCUGGAGGGACGGCCUUGCCUUGUGUUGUUGAUGUGAGAGAUGAACAGCAAAUCAACAGUGCAGUGGAGAAAGCUGUGGAGAAAUUUGGAGGAAUUGAUAUUUUGGUGAACAAUGCCAGUGCUAUUAGCUUGACCAACACGUUGGACACUCCGACCAAGAGAGUGGACUUGAUGAUGAAUGUGAACACCAGGGGCACCUACCUUACAUCCAAAGCAUGUAUUCCUUUUUUAAAAAAGAGCAAAGUAGGUCAUAUUCUCAAUCUCAGCCCACCCCUGAACCUAAACCCACUGUGGUUCAAACAGCACUGUGCUUAUACCAUUGCCAAAUAUGGCAUGUCUAUGUGUGUGCUUGGGAUGGCUGAAGAAUUUAGAGGUGAAAUUGCAGUCAAUGCCUUAUGGCCUAGAACAGCCAUUCACACUGCUGCUAUGGAUAUGCUGGGAGGAUCUGGUGUUGAAAACCAAUGUAGAAAAGUUGACAUCAUUGCGGACGCUGCAUAUUCCAUUUUCAAAAGGCCAAAAAGUUUUACUGGCAACUUUAUUAUUGAUGAAAAUAUCUUAAAAGAAGAAGGAAUAAAAAAUUUUGAUGUCUACGCAAUUGCACCAGGUCAUCCCUUGUUACCGGAUUUCUUCUUAGAUGAACACCCAGAUGCAGUUAUGGAGGAGAAAGAAUCAAAUGACUCUGUGCCAGAAGUGAAAGAAGAGAAGCUGCAGCUGCAGGAGGAGUCACAGCUACAGAAGCAGCCACAGCUGCAGGAGCAGCCACAGCUGCAGGAGAAGCCACAGCUGCAGGAGAAGCCACAGCUGCAGGAGCAGCCACAGCUGCAGGAGAAGCCACAGCUGCAGGAGCAGCCACAGCAACGGGAACAGCCACAGCUGCAGCAGCAGCCACGGCCACGGCAACAGCCACAGCCAUUUGUGCAGUCAAUGCUACCACAAAAACCACAUUUUGGAGCUGUGGAAGAAACAUUUAGAAUUGUUAAGGACUCUCUCAGUGAUGAAGUUGUUAGAGCGACACAAGCUGUCUAUCAGUUUGAACUCUCAGGUGAAGAUGGUGGUACGUGGUUUCUUGAUCUAAAGAGCAAAGGCGGGAAGGUUGGACACGGAGAGCCCUCUGACCGGGCAGACGUGGUGAUGAGUAUGGCCACUGAUGAUUUUGUCAAAAUGUUUUCAGGAUCUCUCUCUAUAUUCCUGGCUGUCCUGGUUCUUGCUAUGGAGUCCAAACUGGCACUGAGUUAACAGAAAUCAAUGCCUCCUAAGUACUGGGAUUAAUGGGAAAUUAAAGCCAACCAUGGCAUUUAUGUCAGGAAAGUUGAAGAUUAAAGGAAACAUAGCCCUAGCAAUCAAAUUGGAGAAGCUAAUGACCCAGAUGAAUUCUAGACUAUGAAGGACAAGAAGUAACAAUGUUGACUCUCCUCAGAAGUAAAAAGCUCAGCAGUUAGAAAUCUGUUGUCUCCCCCACUGUCAUGUAAGGACAUAUAAGUUUGUUCUAGAAAGAAGUAGAAUUUCUGUAUCUAUAAGAUUUGAAACUGUAACUAAAACAACUAACCAAUCACAUACAAGUUUAAUUAAGUGACAUCCUAAUAUAUUGUGGUUUUUCCAAGUUUUCCUCUCUAUGCCUUUAUUUCAUUCAUUGCUUUCUUGCAGAAAAGUAUGUAUCAUGAACAACCAAUUGGUAUCAAGCAAUAAAAUUAGCUGUUUACAAAACUUCUUAUGUAAAAUGAAGCUACUUUAUCUCCACAAAGACAGUUGCAUGAGGGUUGGGUGAAGAACUGCAGUAUCAUUUCUUUCUGUAACCCUGACUGGCUUGGGACUCACCCUGUAGACUAGGCUGGGCACGAACUCACAGAGGUCUGCCUGCCCCUGCCUCCUGAGUGCUUUGACUGAAGGUGUGCUCCACCACCACCUGGCGGUUUUUUUUUUUUUAAGGACUUUUAUUUUGCCUGGCUGUGUUUUAUGAACUUCAGUGCAUAAUACUUGCAGGCGAAAUCUUGUUUAACUUAUUAUAAGCAUUUAUACUAUUGAUACUAUUCUAGAUAUCUUAAAAUUUUCAGCUUUUCUUUUUUUUCCAAAUGGGUUAACCCAACUGGCCUUAAACUGGGGUCAGUCCUCCUGCCUCAGUUUUCUUAGUGCUAUUAUUAUAGACAUGAGACACAAUGCCUGGCUUUAUUGAGCUUUCAAGUACUAACAUAUAGAAAUAUAAUUAAUUUUGUGAGUAUGCCUUAUGCCCUACAGUAGUCAGAUCUACUCAUUACCUUUAGCAGCUUCUUAAAAACAGAUUCUUUAAAUCGUGUUAUCUUCAAAUAAAGAUGAAUUUAUCUUUU